AUGGAGACCCGUUCUGGACCCCCUGCUGGACCCUGUGCUGGACCCCGUUCUGGACCCCUGCUGGACCCUGUGCUGGACCCCAUUCUGGACCCCCUGCUGGACCCUGUGCUGGACCCCAUUCUGGACCCCCUGCUGGACCCUGUGCUGGACCCCGUUCUGGACCCCAUUCUAGACCCCCUGCUGGACCCUGCGCUGGACCCCCUCAUAACUGCUCUCGUGGCGGCCGUAACGUCCACACUUCCGUCCAUCAUUGUUCGGCGUUCCCCCCGCUGUCCCUCCGCUGUCCCUCCGCUGUCCCCCCGAUGUCCCUCCGCUGUCCCCCCGAUGUCCCUCCGCCGUUCCCCCGAUGUCCCUCCGCUGUCCCCCCGAUGUCCCUCCGCGGUCCCCCCGCCGUCCCCCCGAUGUCCCCCCGAUGUCCCUCCGCUGUCCCCCCGAUGUCCCUCCGCUGUCCCCCCGCCGUCCCCCCGAUGUCCCUCCGCUGUCCCCCCGAUGUCCCUCCGCUGUCCCCCCGCUGUCCCCCCGCUGUCCCCCCGAUGUCCCUCCGCCGUUCCCCCGAUGUCCCUCCGCUGUCCCCCCGAUGUCCCUCCGCUGUCCCCCCGCCGUCCCCCCGAUGUCCCCCCGAUGUCCCUCCGCCGUUCCCCCGAUGUCCCUCCGCUGUCCCCCCGCCGUCCCCCCGAUGUCCCUCCGCUGUCCCCCCGAUGUCCCUCCGCCGUUCCCCCGAUGUCCCCCCGAUGUCCCUCCGCUGUCCCCCCGCCGUCCCCCCGAUGUCCCUCCGAUGUCCCUCCGCCGUUCCCCCGAUGUCCCCCCGAUGUCCCUCCGCUGUCCCCCCGCCGUCCCCCCGAUGUCCCUCCGCUGUCCCCCCGAUGUCCCUCCGCCGUUCCCCCGAUGUCCCUCCGCUGUCCCCCCGAUGUCCCUCCGCUGUCCCCCCGAUGUCCCUCCGCCGUCCCCCCGAUGUCCCUCCGCUGUCCCCCCGAUGUCCCUCCGCUGUCCCUCCGCCGUUCCCCCGAUGUCCCUCCGCUGUCCCCCCGAUGUCCCUCCGCUGUCCCCCCGAUGUCCCUCCGCUGUCCCCCCGAUGUCCCUCCGCCGUCCCCCCGAUGUCCCUCCGCUGUCCCCCCGAUGUCCCUCCGCUGUCCCCCCGAGUUCCCUCCGCUGUCCCCCCGCUGUCCCCCCGAUGUCCCUCCGCUGUCCCCCCGAUGUCCCUCCGCUGUCCCCCCGAUGUCCCUCCGCCGUUCCCCCGAUGUCCCUCCGCCGUCCCCCCGAUGUCCCUCCGAUGUCCCUCCGCUGUCCCCCCGCUGUCCCCCCGAUGUCCCUCCGCUGUCCCCCCGAUGUCCCUCCGAUGUCCCUCCGCUGUCCCCCCGCUGUCCCCCCGAUGUCCCUCCGCUGUCCCCCCGCCGUCCCCCCGCUGUCCCCCCGAUGUCCCUCCGCUGUCCCCCCGCCGUCCCCCCGAUGUCCCUCCGCCGUCCCCCCGAUUUCCCUCCGCCGUCCCCCCGCCGUCCCCCCGCUGUCCCCCCGAUGUCCCUCCGCUGUCCCUCCGCUGUCCCCCCGCCGUCCCCCCGCUGUCCCUCCGCCGUCCCCCCGAUGUCCCUCCGCCGUCCCCCCGAUUUCCCUCCGCUGUCCCCCCGCCGUCCCCCCGAUGUCCCUCCGCCGUCCCUCCGAUGUCCCUCCGCUGUCCCCCCGAUGUCCCUCCGCUGUCCCCCCGAUGUCCCUCCGCCGUCCCUCCCCUCCUCCCCCGCUCUCUCCCUCCCACCUUCCCGUCUAGUGCCGCUCUCCGCCUUUAGGUGGCACUCAGAGCCCGAGAGACGGACGCUCUUCCUCCGCUGCGGAGCGAGAGAGAGCGGGGGAGGAGGGGAGGGGGAGUGGGGGGGCUACGUCCAUUACUGUAUGUGCGAGUGGAAAUGA